UCAGUCGACUUUAUCGCCACACAUCCUCCGUUUCUAAUGAAAUUCAUUUUCCUUCGCCUCAAGGUUCAAGGUCACAUGACUUGCAACAAGCUCCGCCCUCUCUGACGCAACACAGACCAAAAGGAAACACACAGUCAAGACGAGGCAGAGACGGACAACUACGUUCACUGACAACUACUGUGAAACGACCAGCGACUGCUGCAGCAGAGAAGACUGGAAUUACUGGACUGAACACUUUAACCUGCUGCCGAUUUCACACAGUGAACCGGGCGAGUCACGACUCAAAGCGAAAGCAACUCUCCACCCGGACCGACUUCACUUCCUGCUUGCUGCGUUUGGGGCUUCAGUCAAGGACAAAAUGUCUUCCAGGUUGGACGAGGAUCUCUGCUGUCCUGUGUGCUAUGAAAUCUAUACAGAUCCGGUUGUUCUGUCGUGCAGCCACAGCUUCUGCAGAGACUGUGUGAAGAACUGGUGGAGGGGGAAACAAAUGCACGAGUGUCCAUGCUGUAAGAGAAGAUCCUCGAGGAGUGAUCCACCUCGUAACUUGGCCUUGAAGAACCUGUGUGAGGCCUUUUUACUGAAGAGAGAUCAGGGAGCUCCAGAGUCUCUCUGCAGUCUGCACUCUGAGAAGCUCAGACUCUUCUGCCUGGACCAUCAGGAGCCAGUCUGUGUCGUCUGCAGAGAGUCAAGGAGACACACCGACCACAGAUUCAAACCCAUCGAUGAGGCUGCUGAGGAUCUCAAAGGGAAGCUCCAGAAAGGCCUCAAGCCUUUACAGCAGAAACUGAAGCUCUUUGAAGAAGUAAAAAGAAACUGUGAUCAAACAGCAGCACACAUGAAGGUCCAGGCCCGACACACAGAGAGGAACAUUAAGGACCAGUUCAAGAAGCUUCACCAGUUUCUAGAGAAGGAAGAGGAGGCCAGGAUCUCUGCUCUGAGGGAUGAAGAGGAGCAGAAGAGUCAGAUGAUGGAGGAGAAGAUGGAGGCUCUGAGCAGAGAGAUAGCAGCUCUUUCAGCCACAGUCAGAGCCACAGAGGAGCAGCUGAGAGCUGAAGACAUCUCCUUCCUGAACCACUACAAGGCUGCAGUGGAAAGAGUCCAGCAGCAACCCCUGCUGGAGGACCCACAGGUGCCACCAGGUGCUCUGAUAGACCAGGCCAAACACCUGGGCAACCUGACCUACAACAUCUGGAUCAAGAUGAAGAAGAUGGUCUCCUACAGUCCUGUGGUUCUGGACCCAAACACUGCCGACCCAGGACUCGUCCUGUCUGAAGAUCUGACCAGUGUGACAUCUGGAAAAGCACAGCCGCUUCCUAAAAACCCGGAGAGGUCCAGAUUCUCCUGCUCCGUUCUGGCCUCAGAAGGCUUCAGCUCGGGGACUCACAGCUGGGACGUUGCGGUCGGGAACAACGAGGACUGGGAGCUGGGCGUGUUGGGGGACAACAUCCAGACGGGCGGAUGCCUACACUCCGGACUGUGGAGAAUUUUGUUUUCCGACAGCAAAUUGACAGCGCUCUCCACUUCGGAUCAAGAGAAAGAUCUGCCGGCGAAGCAGAAGCUCCAGAAGGUCAGAGUUCAUCUGAACUUUGAGGAAGGAAAACUUUCAUUCUCUGAUCUUGAUGCUGACGCAGAGAUACACACAUUCAAACACACCUUCAGGGGCACGUUGUUCCCGUACAUUUACACUGAGAACUCCCUCCCACUGAAGGUUCUACCAGUGGAGAUCUCUGUGACUUCAGGAAAUGCAAAGUAAGAGGUUAUGAGUUUAAAACUGUGAUUUACUGCAGUGAGACAGAAAGAAUAUGUACGUAUCGACUGCAGACUGAGCUAGUACUACAUAGUACAUAGCGUGAUAAAUACUAUGAUGAUGACAGUAGUACAAUGGGAAGGUGCCAUGUUUCGUAUGACUGACGUCUUAUGAGUCAGAAGUACAUCUCUAGACUAAAUAAUUGAUCAAUAAUCUAUAAUGCAAAUAGGAAGUAUUUAUGGUAAUGGGAAAGUGGAGGGCUGGAUAUUGCUUUUGGAAACCAAUAUCAAAAUAACAGGGGUUUUUUCAGUACAGUAAAAAUGAAUUUAUCAUGUGUACUUUUGUGCUGACACUGCAAAAUGAUGGGAUUUGUAAUUUCUCGCUCUAAAUGAUUUGGACGCACGCAUUUGAUUCUUUAUUAUUAUUGUUGCAUUAACGAGACGAACAUUUAGGAGUGAAAUUAAAGCCGAGAGACUUAUUGUU